UUAUCGGCUUCUUUGGAAAAUUGUUCUGUAUGAGUGAAAUUAAAUGUCCAUGUAUUAUUACACUUUUCAAAUAACUUAUUGUAAAUAUUUAUGAAAAUGAAUUCUAUUAUAAAUUCGUGGCACACUAACGGCGAAGAAGCCAUAAUUAAUAAAGAAAAUGAAACGGGUGAUAAACACAAAUUUGGUGCUGAACCGAUUAAAAAUCAAAUGCCUUCGAAAUUAUUAAAGUUUACCGUGAUGCCGAAACAUUUACAAUUUAAUCCUUUCGUGUAUACCGGUUAUCGACCACAAAUGAAUUCUUGGGAAUGUAUUAUGAGCCUUACUUAUUUACAUAAUGAAACUCUCAAUAUUCUAACACAUGGGUUACCACUUCUGUAUGCCCUUUGGAGCCUACCUAAACUGCUGCCAUGGAAUGAAAUGCCACUGCCAAUUUUACCUUAUUUUCAUGCAGCAGCAACUGUAUGUCCUUGGCUCGGAAGCUCUAUUUAUCACUUGUUUAUGAAUCAUCAUUCAGGAGUAAAAACUUAUGAGCGUUUACUACAAUGGGAUGUUGCAGGUGUUUGGGUUACUCAAAGUUGUGGAGGUUUUUCUUCAAUAUUUGUUGGUACCAUGUGCCUACCAUGGCCAAUAAGAUAUCUGUUGUUACUUAUUUACAUUUCAUUUGCAAUAAAAGCAUUACAUGCUGCAGUAUAUGCUACGGGACCUUGGCAGCGCAGAAUCAGUUUUGCUGCCAUGUUCAUCAUGCGUCUCCUUAUCCUGUGUUUACGUUAUACACCAUAUGGAGGUGGACACCCUGAGGCCUUAUAUCAUGUUUUCAUGCAAGACUUCUGGUCACUGGUUGGUGCUGUAAUAAGUGCAUCACAAAUACCAGAGAGAUGGUUGCCUGGAAAGUUUGACUAUGCAUUUAACAGUCAUAAUAUUAUGCAUGUUCUUGUAGUAUUGGGAGGCCUUCAUAUGCAUUGGGCAGUGCAGAAGGACUUCCUGUGGGUUGCUAAAAACCAGUGUCCUAAAUAAAGCAUGCCUUAUUGCAGGGUUUCAAAUUAAAACUUUUACACUUUUGUCUCCUCUAGAAUUUUUGUUCUUUUUCUAUUUAUUUCUGCUUAUAUUAUCAAUACAUGUAUCUAAUAUUGAAAAGUAUUUAGUAUUAUAACUAUGCAAACAACAGAUUUGUAGUUAAACUAUUAAAUAUGAAAGUGUGCCUGCUGUUUCUGGAAUUUCAAGAGUUAACUUUUAUUUUUAAUUAUUUCCUCUGCAUUCUUUCUGAAAUGGUUAAAUCUAUUUACCAAAAAGGGGGAGAUACUAGACUAGUAGCAAAAAAAAAAAAAAAAAACUUUGUAAUUCCUUAAAUUUUUUCAAUAUAAUAGGUGGCCUAAGUUCUUGUACCAUGUAUCUAAAGGAAUACUUAUUUCUUCUCAUCUAUAAAUUUUAUCACUCAUUAUCUUGUUUUUUUGUUUUUUUUAAUCAUGAUUCAUUACUUUAUUAAUAUAACAGAUUUUAGAAUAUUCAUUGUUUCGUGAACAAACAUUUUUGUUCCAAAAAAAAGUAAAUACAAACAUCUUCAUGUAAAUUAAUAUUUCAUCAACAUAUAUAUGAUUUUUUUUUUUUUUUUUGAUGCUGAUGAUUUAAAGAAUUAGUGAGCAUUUAAAUGUAUUGUAAUGAAACUGAUUUAAUGAAUCAUUUAAAAGUUUGCCAAUUAUUGCAUGAAUUCUAAUCUUUGUGGCAUUUCAAAAACAUUUUAAGGAACUACAAAGUGGUUUUACAUUUAUUAUAAAAAUUAUGUUUAAUUAAAUGUAGUAAGUUUUUUUUUUUUUUUUACACAUUUAAUGUUACUGGAAAGUGUGAAUUUGUUAAUUUUAAACUCUGCAUUUAAAUAAUUGCACAAGAGUAUUUACUUAUAGUCUACUUCAUAAUAUUUUAUGAGAAAUUCAACUAUCACUGGCCCACAAUGUAAAUCAAAUCCUUCCAUAUACACUAAGCACAAAUUUGUGUUUUAGAUAUUAUUUUGUACUGUACUAGUAAUUAUUCUGUUUCAUAAACUUAUGAUGUAAUAUUAUGUGAGGUGUAAAUAGUUUAUUCAUAAUAUGUUUUAUAUAACUGUAAAUGACAUAACAUAAUGAAUAUUAUAAAUAUCAUACCUGUCAGUAAAGCUGAGAAGUGAAGAACUUAAAGCUGAGAUGAUUAAAAGAAGUUUUUUUAACGUUAAAUGAAUUUAUUCAUUCGUGAAUUUCAAAAAAGGGAAAAAAUGUUUUCCAUUUUCUUAAUAAGUAUAUAAUUAGCUUGCUUUUUCUUUGCUGGAAAAAAGUUAUUAUAUGGCACAAUCAUAUAAAAUUUAAAAUAUUUUUGAUUCGCACAAGCAAAAAUCUUUUUCUUAAAUCCUACUUUUCUGGCUUAAGUUUUAUGCGUUUGCAUGAAAUCGUUUUUAUGACCAAUGGGAGAAAAAUUUUUUGCUGACUUGAGUGCUUAUAGAUAAUAGUUAAAAAUUUUAAACACAUGUCCUUAUUGUUGUAGUUGAAAAGAAUGCCAUGUAUAUUUUUCUCCUUAAAUCAUGGCAGUAGAUUUGUUAUACCAGAUAUGAUGUGCAUUGUACAUAAAUAUUGGCUCCUAAGAAGUCAAAAUUUGGGUGCAUGUGAUUGUUGAAUUGUUAUAUUAGGUUAGAAAUAAAUUCUAACCAUGUUAUACUAUUUUAAUUGCAUUCAUUAAUAUUUAUCAACGAUUUUGUUAGUUGGUUAAUGAAUGCCUUCAAACCCCUAAAAUUUUACAUAUUUUAAACUGAUGCUCAGAAAUUUAUUUUAUUCAAGGUUCUGUGUGUAAUAUAUUGUUUUUCUUUUUAAAAAUAAAAAUAUCUACUUAAAGUCAGUUUUAGGUUGAAAAUGAAGCUAAGUAAAUUAUUUUUUCAAAAAAAUUAAUAAACCUUUAUGUGGAAGAAAUUAUUUUAAUUACCAGUAACUUGUAAGUUCAACAUAAUUUUGAUUUCAAAGGUUUAUUUAUUAAUUAUCUCAUUUAUAAAUUUAUGUUCAGUUUUCAAAGCACAAAUGUAAAAGCACCCUUAAUUGCAUUUAAUGCUCUCAUCACAUUAUUUAUCUCAUUGUAUUUCUGAACAAUCAUGGCCAUUUCUUUCAGAUUAUAGUAAAUUAUUUUAUAAUCCUAUAGCUCCAUUGCACAAUAUGUUGCAUAAAAAUAAUUUGUGUUGAAUUUAUUGUAUUUUAUGCCUUGCUAAUUAUUCUCAUAAUUAGAGAUUUGAAAUUGUAUAUUACUAAUUAUUUUUGUGUCCUUUUUAAUAAAUUCUCUGUACUUUGGGUUUAGAAAUUCCCAAUUAGCUCUCUUCAUUAAUUGAAUCUAAAUGGUAUUAUCAAGAAAUUGAUCUAGUCUCAUAAAAUAGUUGCAUGUGAAUGAUUUUUGUCAAGUGAUAAUUAAGGUAUACUUUGAAAAAUGGAAUACAGUUUUCCUUCCAAUUUUUUAGAAAGAAAUAGUAAAUACAUAUAUUGCUCAUACAUUUAACGUUUUUAAAAACACAGAUAGCCAUUAGCUAGUCAUAUUGCCAUUUCUUGGAUAGAUUUAGUUUUAUACAGGAAAAUAAAUAGAUAUUAGUAAAGUUUCUUGUUAUAUAUUUUCAUUUUUCUUAUGUGAUAUUUUAUUCUGAACUGUUAGUUCAUGACUUUUCCUUUUUUGUGAUAUGAAACAGUUAUUUCUACUUAUGUGAAUUACUUAUUUAUUCUGAAACUACUUAUUGAAUUGUAUGUAUGUUUAUAGCUUUGUUCACUUGGUUUUUGUUUAUUUAUUCUGUUAAUGAAAUUGUAAAUAUUUAUAAAAGAAAAUCAGGAUUUGGUAUGAAUGCAGAGAGAGAGUUGUAAUUAGUUAUCAAAUCAUUAUAAUUAUUUAUGGGACCACUCAAAGUUUAUGUAAAAAAGGUGAGAGUUACUAGUCACUGUGCUCAAUCUAAUUAUAUAUGAUUUAUGGUUAUAAACUUUUAUUUAACAUUUAAGUGUUGAGAAUCAUAGCAUAUUGAAUAAAAUGUGAAAGAACAAAUUAAGCAAAUUUGAUUUAAAAAUAAUUUUGGUCAUUUGUGUAAGUGGAUAGAAUGAGUGAUUUUAAAUGCUAUUCUGUGUAUGAAUUUUUAAGGAAAUAUCAUCGAGUGUAAUAUCAAGUACUGAUAAAGAUAUACAUGGAGCUUUUAAAGUAUGCAAUAAAUAUGACAGUACAAUCACAUGGAAUAUUUUGUAAGCUAAAGAAUUAAUUAUACCUUUGUAUGAAAUCCUGCGUUAGUGUUUCUUUAUUCUAUACUAUGAAGAGCAUCACAGUUGUUUCAUAUGAAUAUAGGUUAUUACUUUGAAAGCAUUUAACAUUUUUCACUGGGUAACUUUAUAAUAGAAAAAUAUAAUUGAUACUUGGAAACAUAAGAGUAUAUUUAAUUAUUCUAUCAUUUUAUGUGUAUUUAUUUAAAUUAAUUUUAUAUUAUUUUGCCAAUUUUUUAUGAUAGCAAAUUUAUUUUUUUAUUUCUUGAUUUCCUUUAAAAGCUUGAAACUUUGUAUUGUUAUCUAAAAGUUUAAAUUUUAUUAUACCAUACUUAAACACUAAAAUUCCUACACUUGUUGAUUAUAAUCCUAUUCAUUAGGUUUAUUAAAACACAACUGAACAGUUUUCAUACGAAUUUCAGAAUUAAAAAAUAAUAAUUUUUGUGUCCUCAAUAUCCUUUCAUCAAUGUGAAAUAAGAAAAUCAAGCUGAUUGACAAAUUCCAGAUUGUUUUUCAUGUGUUGUGUUUUUGUAUUCAUGUACUUUUCUAUGAAAUAUUACUCUAGUAUUCAGUAUUUAUAUUAGGUUUUAGCUUGUUUAGAGAGGAAAAAUAGAUUUUCAUAGAUAUUUUUCCACCUCUUUUCAUCAAAUUUAAUUUUUGAAUAAAAACUAAUCUGAAUUAAAUCGUUUCAUUAAUUCUCUAUUUUAAAGCAUUAUGUCCUUGUUUUAAUCUUUAGUCAUUCCUUUAAAAUUUAUGUAUUUAAUUAUUUUCUACUCUUAUUUUAGUAAAAUUAUGCUUGAACCAAAAAAAAGAUUAUUUUUUUAAAUAUAUUCUUUUUUAUGAAAAUAUUUAUGAUUCCAGAAGAUACAAUGUUUGAAACUGUUCUUUUUAUUUAUAAUAUUACAUUUCAUUUAAAUAAAAAAUGUUUACAUUUUUAGUUCUAACAUAAACUUAUUUUAUAUAUACUGUAUUAGCUGGCUUUUGUUUGUUCGUAUGUUUGCAGGCUGUUAAAAGAGAUGUACCACAAAAUAAUUAAUUCUUCUCCUCUGCCUUUAUCAGUCACUUCGUGUGUGAAGGGACAGAUCAAAUAUUACUGACAGAUAGCACAUUGGUAAUUAGAGGAGAUUGUGGGCUUUAUUUUCCUAUCGCUUAAUAAGAGGGGAAACUUUCCUUGUUUAUUUGUUUGAUUAAAAUUUUUACUUUAAGAUGAUGUUAGACACCUCUAUAUCUAUCUAUAAUCAAAAGAUUUAAAUUUUACUCUCCAUUUUGAAUUUAGAUUUACAUCAGUAACUUCCGAGUGUAACUCUGUCUACAAGUUGACCUACGUUUGCAGGUUAAUUUCAAAGUUCUCUGCUCAGGUUCUUCUUUCUUAAGAAACAAUUGUACAACAAAGUAAAGUAUUUAGGAUUUCUGUUGUUUGUCUUUCUGGAUAGGUAUUUAAUUUGUAAUUGUAUAUUUGCCAACUAUUAUCUAUGCCUUUAAGUUAACAAAAAAAUGUGAAAAAUACUAUACAAUCAUAUCUAUGACUAUAUCCCAAUGGCAUUCAUCGUAGGUGAAAAUAUGAAUUUUUUUUAGCUGUAAAAUUUCCAUGAAGUGAAAUUUUCAUAUAUAAGCUUAGAAUAUUUAUCAGUUAUUGGAAUACCAUAGCAUAAUAAACCAAAGUAAUAAAAGCAAUAUUAAUUUCUUUUUUUUUCUUUUGUAUCAAAAGAUUAAUAAAUAUUAUGAAAAUAUUCUAAUGCUUCUUGUGUAUUACUAAUUUUUUAAAAAAAACUUUAAUCAAUGAAUUUUAAUAGAACAUAUUUAUACUAAUUAUUACAUUCUGAACUUGGAAACUGUUCCAUUAUAAUAUUCAUAUAAGUUAAUUGGUUUUAAAUAAUCUAUUCUGUGUUCUUAUGCUUUCCUUAAAAAAAUAUAAUUAGCUGAUGAUUUGAUUGAGAAACAUGUAUAGUGUGAAUUGUUAAAUGUCAAAAAGUAAGCAAGUGUGCAGAAAAUGUUUGGGGUUUAAUUUUUUUAUUUCAUUCCGAACAAAUAAAUCUGCAGAAAGUAAGAAAGGCUGGUGAUAAUAAUAAUAAUAAUUAUUAUUGUUAUUAAGAGAAAGUGAUAUAUUUUACAUAAAGAAUAUCUAAUAGAAUGAUUUUGAAGGAAUUAAGCAAUUACUAGCAAAAACUGUGAUUACAUUAAAUGGUGUCUUAUGCAUAUGCAUAUGUGUAUGUGUAAUAAGGUGUUUGAUUAUAAGAAUUCAAUUGUUAAAAGUCAAAUAUGUGUUGUAUAUUAGCUCUUUAGGUUUGUUACAAAUUAGAAUUCUUGUUUUUAUGAAAGCAUUCCUGAUACAUGGAAUGUCUCUUAAAUAUAAAGCUCUAAAUGAGCUUCAUCCCACUUAGGCUAACAGAAAAUUAAUUUUGUAGCAUUCUGUAGGUAGUCAUUAGACAAUGCAUCCUGGGGGAAAUAAAAUGUCUGAAUGGUCAGCCAUCGGUAAUUGUUGCGACAUUUUAUGUGUCAUUUUAUUAAAAUCCAGCUUUCUUCUAGAGUAGCUUUGUUAAGCAUUUAGAAUGAGCAAAAUGUAGAGUUAUUUUACAUUUCCAUAGUAUUACUUUUUUACUAAAUUAUUUCUCAAUACAUAUGAAUUAUAAGGAUCUAUUUAUUAUUACUUUUAAAACUAUUCUGCUAAUAACAUUAGCAGUUUAGGUUUUUACUUUCAUAAAUUCCUGCUCUUUUUGCACUUAACCAUGUGCCUUAAGAAGCUAACUUAAUCCACAGUUUCUGAAAAAUAUAUAAAUUUAUUCUUUAGCACAAACUAUUUCAGAAAUCCUACUAGUGUGAUGAUACUGAAAUGUAUGUGUAAAUGAUUUGUCACACUAAAAAUGUUGUAACUUAUUAAAAUCAUUCUGAUUUGUUGUAACGUUUGAGUGUAAUGCAAACUUAAGUGCUUUAUCUUCAGUAUCCAUUAUUUAGCACUUAUGGAAGGACAAAUAGUUAGAUUAUAGCAUCUAUGCAAAUACAUUUGACUUCUUAUGCCUUUUAAGCCUACAGUACAAUAUAAACAUACUUCAUUAUAUUGCCAUUGUUGAUAUUUAGCAAAAGUGAUUGAAUUUUUUGUUGUUGUUUAUUUGUUCUUUAAAUGUGUUAUGUUUUCAACAUUCUCUUACUUUCAACUCAGCAAUUUAUACGCCAUUUUGAGUUAAUAUGCUUUAUUUAAUGUAUGUAUAAAUUCU